AUGCAACUAAACACAUUGAUGAUACUGCUCUGUUUACUGUUUCUUCUCUUUCAAAGCAGUUCAGACAAAUUCUUUCAAACUAAAGCAGCCGAAACUUACCAACUACAAACACUAACAGGAUACAAAGGCAAUGGUCAAGAUGUUGACAGAACAUUCACUGCCAAACAUGCCUUUCUAAAAGCUCCAUGUGGCAUCUGCUCUGGAAAUAAUGAUGAAAUUUUCGUGUCUGAUUGUGUGAGAGGAUUAAUUUUCAAGAUUUUUCCAAACGAAAGUAUGAUUGUUUUUGGAGGGUUAGGACUUGGUUUUAAUCAGGAUGGAUAUGAUGUGAAACAAACCUUGUUUAAUUCACCUUCUUCGUUGAGUGUGGCGAUUAAUGGUGAUUUGUGGAUUGCUGACACGAAUAAUGAUAAGAUUCGUCUAGUUUCUGCUGAGACGAAUUUGGUUUCUUCUCUACCUUUUGCAUUCAACAAACCAUUGGGAGUGUAUGUUUCCAAUAAUAACAUACUCUACAUUGCAGAUUCUGGAAAUAACGUGAUAAAGAAAUAUGACAUUGGCAGCAAGAUUUUGACAACAAUCGCUGGUGGAAAUGGAUAUCUAGAUGGAUCGUACGAUAAUGUUGAGGCCAAUUCAAUAAUUCUUCGAUCUCCAAAGAAUAUUCAUGUAGUUUCGAAUGGGAAAGAUGACACUGUUUAUUUCACAGAUGACGAAAGAGUCAAAUCCAUUGAUAAGAAUGGUAAAUAUCGAAGGAUAGCAAUUUCAGAACUUGAAACCAAGUUGUAA